AUGAGGAGGGACUUGUCCUGCUUCGGGGAGAGCAGCGUCCAGAUUGCGGACGCGGCGUCUUCCUCUUCUUCCUCGACCACUGCCCGCCGUGGCGGUGGCGGCGGAAAGGGCGCGCCUCAGAACCAGGUGAGCUGCCUCUACCAGGCACGGCUCUCUGGCCGGCCCUGCAUGAUCUCGGUGACCUGGAGCAAGGGACUAGCUGGGAUGCAGGGCCUCAGUGUCACCGUCGACGACACAUGUGGCCAGUGUCUUUGCAAGGCUGACGUUAAGCCAUGGCUCUUCUCUAAGAAGAAGGGAUCCAAGAGCCUCACUGCCGGCGACGGAAAGAUCGAGAUCUUCUGGGACCUCUCAGGUGCUAAGUUUGGCCCUGGGCCGGAGCCACUGGAAGGGUUCUAUGUCACCGUCGUGUUCGACCGUGAGAUGGUGCUCUUGCUCGGUGACAUGAAGAAGGAUGCUUACCGGAAGACGUGUGCCGUCCGGCCUGCGCUCAGUACAUUGUUCUUGGCGAGGAAGGAGCACAUUCAUGGCAAGAAGAUUUACUCUGCCAAGGCUCAGUUCUGUGGCAGCGGCCAGUGCCAUGACAUUGUGAUAGAGUGUGAUUCUAUUGGGCUCAAGGACCCUUGCCUUGAGAUCCGCAUCGAUAAGAGGCCGGUCAUGCAGGUGAAGCGGCUUGCGUGGAAGUUCCGGGGGAACCAGACGAUUAUGGUGGACGGGUUGCCUGUGGAGGUGUUUUGGGAUGUCCAUAGUUGGCUCUUCAGCUCGACAGCAAGCAAUGCAGUGUUCAUGUUCCAGACAUGUCCAGCACCUGAGAAGUCUAUUCCCUGGAUGUACUCGCAGAUUUUUAGGGAAUCUCAGUCGCAAGGUCUUGGUUUCUCCUUGAUUCUAUAUGCAUGGAAGAUUGAGUAGGUGCGUGCAGGAUCGAAUUGACUGACACGUUAUCCUUCCUGAAUGU